CUCUAAGUCAGCUCCUCCGCCAUCUCUCUCUCUCUCUCUCUCGAUUCUUCCAUUCUUGAUCUCUAAAUUCUCUCUCUCUCUCUGCACAUUGUCUUUCUUUUUUAACAAAUUUUCUGUCAUUAAAUCGACUUAUCUGUGUAAAAAGAACAAGAAAGACACUGUUCUACGAACAGUAUAUAUAUAUAUAUAGACAGUAAUCUUUAUAAAGAUAUUGAAUUAGGGUUUAAGAGUUUGUUGUUCUUUGUGGAUCUGAUCCAUUAAAGGGACUAGAAGGCCUUGGUUUGGGCGAUCGUUUGUCAAGUAACGCUUUUGUAGUCAGAGCGAGAAUGGCGGCGAGUCCGUACUCUGCUCCUGUCAGUGCUCUUCAGGUUGGUUCCUACUUUGUUCAACAGUACUAUCAGGUUCUUCGACAACAACCCGAAUUGGUUCAUCAGUUCUACACCGAUGCCAGUUCUAUGGUUCGGGUCGAUGGGGAGUCGAGCGAGUCGGCUACAGGAAUGCUGCAAAUUCAUACACUUGUCAUGUCUCUGAAUUUUACCGGAAUUGAGGUCAAGACAAUAAAUUCUCUGGAAUCUUUGAAUGGAGGUGUCUUUGUGGUGGUUUUUGGUUCUGUCAAAUCUAAGGAUUUCAGUGGCCAGAGGAAGUUUGUGCAGACUUUUUUUCUUGCUCCUCAGGAGAAAGGUUACUUUGUUCUGAAUGAUAUCUUUCACUUUGUUACUGAGGAGGUGAUCUACCAACAUCCGGAAAACAAAGUUGAUCAACCAGAUAAUUCUAGUCCUCUUCCAGAGCUACCAGUUUCCAACUAUUCCUUGGAGGUGGAGACCAGAGAAUAUGUGAACUCGAUUCAUAUCGAAGGUGAUGAUCAUGUAGAAGAGUACAGCAUCCAAGAGCAACAUCAUCAGCAGGACUUUGAGGCAGAAACCGAGGAGGAGGAGGAGGAGGAGGAGGGGGAGGAGGAGGAGGAGGAGGAGGAGGAGGAGGAGGAGGAGGGGGAGGAGGAGCAAACUCCUAUGGAAGAGCCAUCUCCUUUGCAUCAAAAUGCAAUGGAGAAUGUGCAAGAAUCCCUGCCUUCUGUGCAGGGAUCUAUUGCUGAGCGUCCAAAACUUACUUAUGCUUCUAUAUUGAGAGCUCCUCAAGGAAACUCUGUGCCAUCAGUUGCUGCUUAUCCAUCUUUUACAAAGAGCAUGCCACCUGCCUCAGAAUGGAAUUAUACUCCUACAGUUCAGCAGACCUACUCUGCAUUCUCUGCUACGUCAUCUGUGCCUGAGUCCAGUGUGGAGGUGGCAGAUGAAGGUUUAUCACAAGAAGAAGAAGGGGAAUUAUCAAAAUCUGUUUAUGUAAGAAACUUGCCCUCCACCAUUUCUAGACUUGAUAUUUUGCACGAGUUUGAGAAUUUCGGCAGAAUCAAACGUGAUGGUGUGUUUUUAAAGAACCGCAAGGAAAUUGGUGGUAGCUUUGCCUUUGUUGAGUUUGAAGAUGUCCAGAGUGUUCAAAAUGCAGUCAAGGCAUCUCCAUUACAGUUUUCUGGGAGGCAAGUCUACAUUGAAGUGAGGAGACCGAACGGCAGAAGUGGAACUUCUCGUGGAGGGAGAAGGGGAAGAGGCAGUGGAAGUUAUCAAAAUGAGUCUAUGAGAGGGCGUUUUGGUGCACGUACUUUUGGCAGGGGAAGAAAUUAAGGUGGUGGUGACGGCAACAAACUGAUGGGCAAUGGAUUUUAGCGUGCACAAUGAAACAAAAAAAGUCAUGCCAAACCAAGUAUGAGCAACUGGGCAUAAAAAAAAAUACUACUCAAGCCCUAAAUUAGUUUUCUUUUAGUUCGCUGAGGCAGAUAAGUGCUAUAAGUCUGAGUGUGAGUGCUGUUUCAUGCAUGUUGAGAGACGAUUCAUCGUUUCAUUUCCCCUAUUGCUACAAGUAAGAUUAUUCAUCCCCUUGAUUGUUUUUUAUCCCGCAAUCGAGAGGGUAUACGUUUGUGUCUUGCAGCACUUUUGUUGGAUACGAUACAAUAAUCGUUGGUGUUUGUUACCUCUUUCACAAGUAAGCUUGUUUCUAGGGUAAAUAUGAAGCCCUUUGUUUUUCAUGUUCACUUUUCCCAAUAUUUUCUAAAUUUUCAGGUCUUCUUUAUUUCAUACUAAGAUGGCCAUUUAUCUGCC